AUGAGGUGGUGGAAGUGGCGUACAAGCAAGCGACCGACGCUGCUGUUACGAUGCAUUUUGCUGAUCGCAGCUGAGUUAGCUGUCAAUGCUCUCCUUUGGCUAGUCGCAGCGAUCGUAUUCCGCCAUCGAACACGCUUCUUGACGCUGUCGCUGCUGGCUUGGACACUCGGUCUGCGACAUGCUCUGGACGCCGAUCACAUCUCAGUAAUCGACAAUGCGACUAGACGUAUUGUUUCGCUAAACCACGAUAGCAAGACAUGCGACAAACGUCAAGCAAGACCCAGAAGGCCAGUCACCUGCGGCUUGUGGUUCUCAUUGGGACACUCGACAAUUGUCGUUGCUGUCAUCUGCGCCAUUGCGAUCAGCUUGGGAAUCGUAGAUCGCCUUGGCAAGGUCAGCUCUGUGGGCGGUCUUAUCGGUGCUUCGGUGUCCGGUUCCACGCUCUUCCUGUUCGCGAUUGUCAAUUCGAUCCUGCUGUAUCAAAGCGUCAAGGCAACUCGCAAGUACAACGCUCAAACCAAGGCAGAAGUAUCGCAGCGAUCCCCCAACAAUCACAGCGAUGCUGUCAAACUAGACAAGAUCAAAACAAGCCAUGUAUCAUCAGACAAGGAGGCGAACAGUGACAGCGAUCAAGUUAAGGACCACCGCUUUCGAGGCAUCUUUACAAGACUGGCAUAUCCACUCUUCCGUCUCGUGGAUCGACCGUACAAGCUCUACCCGAUCGGUGUCUUAUUUGGGCUUGGCUUCGACACUGCUUCUUCGAUUGCACUGCUCGGUAUCGCAGGCGCGACCAACACAGAAGUGAAGGACACUGGACUCGAGUCAGACCAGGCCAUUUUGCCAGGCAACGCUACGACUCGGUCAGAUGCCUCGAUUGUACUCUUAGCGCUGCUCUUCACUGCAGGCAUGACGCUGGUGGAUAGUCUCGAUUCUGUACUUAUGGUCAACGCUUACGCUCCGGGUGAGCUGCUCGCACCAGCAGAGCAGAGCACCGAAGAAGGAAGAAAUCGAAUGCCGCUUCCUUGGCUUCGACAAAUGCGAUUCCUGGAAGAUAGCCACUCUGGAUCAAAAGUUUUGCAGACGCUUCCUCACAGCAAUGCAGACGUCCUCAAGGCUGCUCUGGGCGAGGAAAAAUGGAAAGCAGAUGUCGUCUCACCAGCAGCCGAAGCGCAAGAGCUGCGUUUGGUGAACAAGAGGGAGGACAACAUGGAGGACGAGGAUGAUCGUGUAGAAGUAAGCCGCAGUACUUGCACAUCGCUGUCGCAUCUUUUGACCUUGCUGUCGAUUGUGCUGGCGUUUGCGAUCUCGAUCAUCACGUUGGUCGGGCUGAUUGGGGAAAACUGCGAUCGUUGCGCGAGAGCAGCCGCAAAGCAAGACGAGACAUACGAUGGUGGUCUUGAAGGCCGAUGGUGGUUGUUUUGGCAAAAGGCAAACGAUGCGUCCGGCAUCAUUGGAGCGUGCAUUCUUGGUGGCUUCGCAGCUGUUUUGCUCAUCUGGUACGUUGGCAAAGCGGCCCUAAAGCGAUGCCGCCGUUUGUGA